GAAAGAAAAAUCAUCCAACAAAAACAACUGCUUGCAGCCGCCAAGGAUUGCUGUUCUUCAACACCCCUCCCACCCACCUUUUUUCUCUAUUUCUCUCCAUCUCCGAAAAAACAAGACAAGAACCAAUAGCUCCGACCUUCUCUCUCUCUGUGUUCUCAUUUGUUGGGGGUUUGAUACUUCUGCUGCAGAUUUCCCCAAUUGGGUAGGAUCGUUUGUUUGUAAUUUGGGGGAAGCCACUGUCUUUACCAAGGAAAGACAUGAGAAGUUUAUAGGAUCGGGUUCUUUCUUCGUUGUGCCGAAUUUUGGUUUUAUGUUUCUGUGGUUUUAUGUUUCUGUGUUUGCUCGAUGAUUUGAUCAAGUAAGUAGUUUGAUAAUAUUGUGCUGUGAAGUGCACAAAGAAGAGGUUUCCUUUGUCGAUUGAGUUAUGAUCAAACAGAUACUUAAUAGGCUCCCGAGGAAGCCCAAGUCAUCCGAGCAUCGCGAGGGAGGGUCCUCUAACGCUAAUUCAAAUGCUUCCACCGGUUCAAGAGGCAACUCUAUAUCAAGUAACAAGUAUGCGAGCUCGAGUACUACUUUUUCGAGUGCUACUUCUACUCCGAACUUUGGAGUAAAUGCGAAUUCGAAGCUUAAUGGGAACUCAUUGGCUUCUCCAUAUGAGGCAUUGCCUAGUUUCAAAGAUGUCCCGAAUGCAGAGAAGCAGAAUUUGUUGAUAAAAAAGUUGAACUUGUGUUGUGUUGUCUUUGACUUCAGUGACCCAACGAAGAACAUCAAGGAAAAGGAGAUAAAGCGACAGACAUUGGUAGAGCUUGUGGAUUACAUUGCUUCUGCUAAUGGGAAAUUCCCAGAAACUGUCGUGCAAGAAAUCGUAAAGAUGGUGUGCAUAAAUUUAUUUAGAACACUCAGUUCUCCUCCCCUUGAAAACAAAGCAUUAGAGGCCUUUGACGUAGAAGAGGAAGAGCCCUUGAUGGACCCAGCAUGGCCGCACUUGCAAGUUGUGUAUGAAUUCUUCCUGAGGUUUGUGGCAUCACCUGAGACGGAUGCAAAGUUGGCUAAGAGGUACAUAGAUCACUCUUUUGUUCUCAGGUUGUUAGGUCUUUUCGAUUCAGAGGACCACAGAGAGAGGGAUUACUUGAAAACGGUUCUGCACCGCAUCUAUGGGAAAUUUAUGGUGCACCGCCCGUUCAUAAGGAAAGCAAUCAACAACAUCUUCUAUAAUUUUAUUUUUGAAACUGAAAAGCAUAAUGGGAUUGCAGAGCUGUUAGAGAUUUUGGGAAGUAUAAUAAACGGUUUUGCUCUGCCACUGAAAGAAGAGCACAAGCUCUUUCUUGUUCGAGUGCUUAUUCCACUUCACAAACCAAAAUGCAUACCCUUGUACCACCAGCAGUUGUCAUACUGUAUUACUCAAUUUGUGGAGAAAGACGGCAAACUUGCUGAUACAAUAAUUCGUGGUUUACUAAAAUAUUGGCCUAUUACAAAUAGUUCUAAGGAGGUCAUGUUCUUGGGUGAACUGGAAGAAGUUUUAGAGGCAACUCAGCCUGCAGAGUUUCAGCGCUGUAUGGUACCGCUGUUUCGCCAGAUUGGCCGUUGCUUGAGCAGUUCACAUUUUCAGGUGGCAGAGAGAGCACUGUUCUUAUGGAAUAAUGAUCACAUUGCAAACCUAAUCAAACAGAAUCGCCAUGUCUUACUGCCAAUCAUAUUCCCUUCAUUGGAGAAAAAUGCAAGAAGCCACUGGAACCAGGCAGUACAGAGCCUGACACUAAAUGUCCGUAAGAUUUUCUCCGAUAUUGACCCUGAGCUUUUUGAGGAAUGUUUGCUCAACUUCCAGGAAGAUGAAGCACAAGCGAGUGUAAAAAGUUUGAAGCGUCAAAACACUUGGAAACGUUUGGAAGAGAUUGCGGCAAAGAAUGCUACAAGCACUGAAGCAGUGCUUGUUUCCCCCAGAGGAGCCUCCGGCAAAACUUCUGGCUAGCAAGUUUGAGAUUCCCCGUGAUGUGAUUACAGUGAGUUCGAUGUUCAAAUUAUUUUGCAGAUGAUAAACUGACACUGCUGUAUAAGUUUGAUCAGCCUUCUUGUUGGCUCCUCCCCUACGUGCAAAAAUUUGGGUUGUCCGGUGAUCAAGUCACAGAGAACACGAACGGCUGCUCAAUCUGGAAUACGAUUAGCCCCCCUUUUGGUUGGCUGUAUAUAUCGGAUUGGGUGUGGAAGAAUAACAACGGGGGUGUUGCUGCCAUCACACAAGCAUGGUCUCGGCGGGUGUGGUGAGUAAAAUGCUGAUCCUUCAUCGUCGGGGUUCUAAAGGUAACAAAAAGGCUUGAAAUUGACAUAUCAGUGGUUACAUAUUUUUGGUUUUGGUUUAAUAGACAUGCUCUCCUCAAUCUUUUCAAUUACUUGUAUUGUAUGUAUCAUCCUCAAUUCAUCACCAUCAAACUGUGUUGCUUUUAUGAAAUGUAUAAUCCCGCACCACGUAAAUUCCGGAGUUCGUCCGCGUCUAUCAUGAGAGAAAUGUACUUGCACCUGAAAUGUUGCGGUGACAGUGCAUGAUUGGUUUGAAACACCGUCAUCCUGACAUCUCGGGGGCGGGAAAUUUCCUCAUGUGGCCAACUUGUUUGCAGCUACUUUGAGCAAUAAUUCAUGUUUGAUUCCAA